AUGAUUGCCAUUGAAACAGUAACCCAAAACAAUGUAUCAACGAAACAAGGCACUACUGCAUGGGCCUCUGAACUACAAAGAGAGAAAAAUCAACAACCAAUAAAGAAAAAUUUUAGUGAUGAGAGUCUUAAUCAAUUAGUUGAAAACUUUUCCCAACAACAAAAACAUCCGUCAGUUAAUUCAAAUUUCUUGAAAGAAUCUUUCAAUAAUGUGGAAGAGCAACCAAUAAUAGUUGUAACUGGUGCUGAAUCUAAUAAACAGCCAUUACUCGCACCUUUCCUAUUUGAAUACGAUUUUCUUUCUGGCACUAGAAAAUCGAGAUCGAAUUCUGAAGUGAGCAAUUGCAACAAAGCAGAAUGUCUUAAAAAUGCUCAGGAUUACGAUCAAGAUGAAUCAGUAAUCAAUAUUUAUCUUGAAAAUCAUGAACAUCUUGAACAAGAUUGGAAUUCACGUAAAGUCUUGGAUACUAGCUUGAAUUCUGACGAAGAAGAACUUUACAUCCCAAAACAGGCUCUUGAAUUGUCACAAUCUUUACCACGUUUCCCAUUUUUGGUUGAUCAAUUUCCUUCUUCCCAGAUUCCAUCGCCAACAAAAAGUGAGAAUUCGUUUGACAAUAACCAGAUCACGCAACAAGAGCAAUUGCAAAAAGAAUCAAUCGAAGAUUUGUCCUUGAAUUUUUCGUAUUUCUUGCUUAACCAUGCUCCAAAAUACACUAAUGAUUCAUACGGCAACGAGUUAUCAAGUAUGAUUUGUGGCACAAAUAUUGAGUGGGGAUUUUCGUCAAUGAUCUCUUCCAGUAUUGCUUUUAAAGAUGUACAACCCUCGUUCCGUGAUGAAAGGGAAUUUCGAUUGGACGCAACAACAAAUACAUCUCCGAACAAAAAUAUAUCUACCCUCGAAAAGAAACGCCAAUUCUACGAAGAAUUAACAACAGAUGAACCAGCCAUCGAGGAAACCGUUGAGGAAGUACCAGACACCUUUGCUGAAGAAGUUGUUGAGGAAGAACCAGACGUUACCGUUGAGGAUGAAUACGUUGCGCCUGUGUUGUACGAGGAUGAAAUGGUCGCAGAAGAUUAUUUUUUGCCGCCAUACUAUCCGUUAUCAAAUAUCUAUCCAACUCCAGCUUUCUAUGAAGAUUAUUAUUAUGGCGAAAGACACGCCGAUUCAGCUGCGAGAAAACCAGGCGUUCCCCCAUCUACUCAAUUGCACAAAGCCACCCGAGCGCUUGAAGUUUCUUCAAGCUCACGAGAAGGUGGAAGCAAUAGAACGAAUGAAG